CAGAAAAACCAAUCGAGUGUGAUUCAGUCGAGCAGCCUCUUAAGGAAACGAGGAGAGGAAGAUGGCAUCCACCGAGCCUGACCCACCUACACAGACCAGCCUUCAACUUGGAAAUGAUGCUGCAGCUCCCCCCAGAGAAGCACUGAUUACCACUGCUGUAAAAUUUCUACAGAACCCGAAAGUACGGCAGAGUCCCCUGGCCACCAGAAAAGCCUUCCUGAAGAAAAAAGGGCUGACGGAUGAGGAGGUAGACUUGGCUAUCCAGCGCUCUGGCAGUACAGAAGAGGUCCUGCCUCUGACCCCUGUGGGGCCCCCGUAUCCAGUACAAGCAGUCCACCUGACCCCUGGACCACCCAGUCCAACAGGCUACAGAUGGAGACACUAUGGAGCGUUCACCAUCCUUAUGGUGGGCAUCGCCUUUGGCUUUCAUCAUCUUUACAAAAAAUACAUCCUUCCCCUCAUUAUGGGCAGCCGAGAGGACAAGAAGCAUCUGCAGAGGAUGGAGAACAACAUUGCGGCAAUGAGUGGCACGCUGACACAGACAGUCAGCCAGCUGCAGCAGACUCUGGCCUCAGUCCAGGAGCUCCUGAUCCAGCAGCAGCAGAGGAUCCAGGAGCUCUCGCAGGAACUGUCUACAGCAGAGGCAUCGUCUGCAACCAGCCGCAUCCUGGACAGCCAAACAGUUGGAGAGCUGAAGGCUGAGAUCGUCUCUUUGAAGGGCUUACUGCUCAGCAGGAAACAGUUUCCCUCCAGUCCGUCCAUACCCAAGAUCCCCUCGUGGCAGAUUCCCCUGAAGCCGACAUCAGCCUCACCGUCUGUCAACCACACCAACAGCAGCAGCGACAUCUCACCCGUCAGUAAUGAGUCUACCAACUCCUCCCCUGUUAAAGAUGGACACCACAGCCCCCAAGAUGCACUGGGAGGACCUGAUGGGGCCCACGGUAUCAAUGGUGAUACCAGCAAAGUGGGCCUCGGGGCAGGGCUGCCUUUGGACCUGAAAGAUCAGGUUCGAAUGGAGGUUCAGGGGGAAGAGGAGCAGAAGGAGGAGGUGGAAGAUGUACGCCACCAUGUAGGGGAGGAGGAGGAGGAGGAGGAGGAGGAGGAAGAAGAAGAGGGGCUAAACAUGCAGACAGAAGAUCGGCGAGGUGGGGAUGGACAGAUUAAUGAACAGGUGGACAAACUGCGGCGGCCCGAGGGUGCCAGCAAUGAGAGCGAGCUAACAAGAAGAGUCCAUGAAUGAGAAGAAGGGAUAUCAGCUCUCGUGCCGUUUCCACCUCCCAUCACAAGGCCUUCAUAGGAACAGAAAAGGUAGAGGGGCACUACGCUUUUCUGUGCACACCGACAGAUUACGUUUACUUAUUAUGUGGUCACUAUGUUUAUCUUACAAGCAUAGAGUGAUUAUAAGCAGCAAUAUGUCAGUAUGCAACAAAUGUUUUUUUCUUUUUAGAUGUGUAGAAUUGAAAUGAUUUUUUUGUGGGGGGGAUAAGGUUAUUAUAAAAGGGGGGUAACCUGUGCUUUUUAGCCUUUGUAGUAUCAGUGACUGAUCAUCUCUGUAACCUGCUAACUCCCUGAACUUCAGCCAGAAGUGUACAUAAUUGUAAUAAAUUCACUUUAUCUCAAAAAUGUCAUGUUAAUAUUCAUUUCAAAUGCACAAAAAAAUAAUUUAAAGGGCACAUGUUAGUG